AUGGAUGUUGAGGGCACCGACCCUAUUCUGGGUAGGGCAAUAGACAAGAAGGAAGCAAAUCAGCAACCAGGAGGUGCCAAUAAGAGUCCUCACCUUCCGCCACCUCCCACCGUUGGAGCUGGUGGUGCAGCCUCGAUCAGGCCCAGUUCGAUGGCGGAGAGAGCCAGACUAGCCAAGUUGCCUCAACCAGAGGCGGCGCUGAAAUGCCCACGUUGCGAUUCAACGGAUACAAAGUUCUGCUAUUUCAAUAAUUACAGCCUAUCGCAGCCCCGCCACUUCUGCAAGGCCUGCCGGCGGUACUGGACCAGAGGUGGUGCACUGAGGAAUGUGCCGGUCGGAGGAGGUUGCCGGAGGACCAAGAUAAGCAAAGGCCGUAGAUCGAAGUCCCUUAUUACAGCCCCAAAUAGUGCAGUUUCGUCUGAUAAUUGCACCCGUACUGAUAUAAUGGGUCACUUUUCAGCUGCACCAUCACAAUUACCCUUGCUGCCUUCUUUACAUCAUCUUACUGACUUCGGCGAUGGUGAUAUAGGGUUGAAUUUUGGGAGUAUCAGGCCUCCAUUGGCGGUGAUGGGUGGUGAGUCUGGUGACACCGGUGGCGCUGAUAUGGAGUUCCAGUUAGCUCGACUUGCUGAUCAAUUAAGACUGCAGCAAGUUCAGCAUUUUCCUUUCGUCGCUGGCUUGGAACCACCAAAUGGGUUGUACCAAUUUGAGGGUGAAGGUGUUGUGCCACCAUAUGACGUGGUGGGAGCCACCGCCACCGCCACUGCUGCGGCUCAGCUUGGGACUAAGCCAUUUGAUUCUGGGGUUAAUUACUUGGUCAGCUAUAGUGAAGUUGGAAGACAAUCAAGGCCUGAAUUUAUCAGGGAAUUUUUGGGUGUUUCAGGGAAUGAUCUUCAUCAGUAUUGGGGCGGGAAUAUGUGGACUGAUCUUUCUGGUUUCACUUCUUCUUCGACCAGUCAUCUCUUGUGACGUAGUUUCUCUCUCCCCUUCUCAAAACCCUAACAGGUCUAUAGAAGAGUAAUUAGCUUGGAAAGAUUGAAGUUUCAUUCGACCUCCGUUACUUUUAAGCUAAAUUUCAACCUCAAUUAGUAUAAGGAAUUAAGGAUGGUGAUAUGAACCGGGAAGAUCAAUUUACUUGUUUCUUCAAAAUCAAUGGUAGAAGCAUAGUUUCUUGUUUCGUUCAUUUCAUUGGCAAGCCUAUGAAUUCAUGUAUUUCACCAAGUAAGAUGAAGG